CCACUUGUCCUGAGGAGCUGCCGUCCCUCGGUUACUCCAGACAUAAUUGUGCUGCUGUCUAACAAUGGGAGACUCCUGUCUGAGGACGAGAACUAGGCUGCCUUGAACUGCAUCAAAGAAAUUCCAUCCUGAGGUUGAGUUCUGAGCUCCAAACUUGUCUUGACAAAGUCAGCAGAACCCCUGGAUGGGUUCCUCCCCACUUCUCUCUAGCUCCUCAGCAGAAUGCCAAGGUUCUCUGUGAAUGUUGCAGGUCUCCUUAUUCAGACCCACCAAAAUGGCCGAAGAAGAAAUUGCUGCUCUCAUCAUGGAUAAUGGCUCUGGGAUGUGCAAAGCUGGCUUUGCUGGAGAUGACGCCCCUCGUGCAGUGUUCCCCUCCAUCGUCGGACGCCCAAGGCACCAAGGGGUCAUGGUUGGGAUGGGGCAGAAGGACAGUUAUGUUGGUGAUGAGGCCCAGAGCAAGAGAGGCAUCCUGACCCUGAAGUACCCUAUUGAACAUGGCAUUGUCACCAACUGGGAUGACAUGGAGAAAGUGUGGCACCACACCUUCUACAACGAGCUCCGUGUUGCCCCAGAGGAGCACCCUGUCCUGCUGACAGAAGCUCCCCUGAACCCCAAGGCCAACAGAGAGAAGAUGACCCAGAUCAUGUUUGAGACGUUCAACUGCCCUACCAUGUAUGUGGCCAUCCAGGCUGUACUGGCCUUGUAUGCCUCUGGCCGUACCACUGGCAUCGUGAUGGACUCUGGUGAUGGGGUGACCCACGCUGUGCCCAUCUACGAAGGCUACGCGCUGCCUCAUGCCAUCCUGCGCUUGGACUUGGCAGGCCGUGACCUGACCGACUACCUCAUGAAGAUCCUGACCGAGCGGGGCUACAGCUUCACAACCACGGCCGAGAGGGAGAUAGUGCGUGACAUCAAGGAGAAACUAUGCUACGUUGCCUUGGAGUUUGAGCAAGAGAUGGCUGCAGCUGCUACAUCUGCCUCUCUGGAGAAAAGUUACGAGCUGCCCGACGGGCAGGUGAUCACCAUUGGGAAUGAGCGGUUCAGGUGCCCGGAGGCCCUCUUCCAGCCCUCCUUUCUGGGCAUGGAGUCCUGCGGCAUUCACGAGAGCACCUUCAACUCGGUCAUGAAGUGUGACAUCGACAUCCGAAAGGACCUCUACGCCAACACGGUGCUGUCAGGCGGCAGCACCAUGUACGGCGGCAUCGCGGACCGCAUGCAGAAGGAAAUCGCUGCCUUGGCCCCUGGCACCAUGAAGAUCAAGAUCAUUGCCCCAGUGGAGCGCAAAUUCUCAGUCUGGAUUGGUGGCUCCAUCCUGGCUUCUCUCUCCACCUUCCAGCAGAUGUGGAUCAGCAAGCAGGAAUACGAUGAGGCUGGUCCAUCCAUAGUUCACAGGAAAUGCUUCUGAAUCCUGUAGCAAGAUGGAAGUGUCGGAUGUGCCUGGGCAAAGUACUGUGUUCCUUUAUGGAAAUAUUCCUUUCUAAGCUGUUCCUAUCUUAAAGGGCUGUCUGCUUAACAUAUCCUAUUUAAGAUUGCUUUAGACCUUUCCAAACUAAGCAAGUCCCAUUGCAUAUAACCUAAUGCAGUGAUCACCUGUAAAAAUGUGCUAAACCCCUCGUACUCGUGACUCAUCACAAGGUUAAGAGGUAAAACUACAUUAAUGUGAGGCUACGGAUGUGUCACCGACUAACAGCAUUCUUCCCUCUUCCUUGUCAUUGUCCUGUCAGAUUCUUAGGGCUAGAGAUGAGAUUGGUGCAAGAUGUAUUCAAGGUCAGGCAUCUAAAGAUUGAGUAAUUAUUCCAUAACUCCUCUUCAGGGGCUGGCAAGUGCAAAUGUUAAUUGCCAGUUAAUUCCUGCUGGUACAGUAGGGAGACAAGAGGCCUGUCUGCUUUUUUCCCACCCAACUGUACCAACAAAUAGCCAUGGGGGCUAAAGGCUACUCCAGGCUACAUGUGCAAGCUGCUGUAUUCAUACUAAGUUGAAGGAAAUCUCUGUACAUUGGGAAGAUUUAAGAGUUUGUAUUGUCAUUAAGGCAAAGUGGAGAAUUGUAACAUGCAAGGAUAGUCUUGUGAUCAAGGGAAAUUUAAAUUAAAUAUUUAAAGUGC